AAUCAUAGGAUGUGGGCAUUGCUGGCUAGGCCAGCAUUUGUUACCCAUCUCUAGUUGCCCUCGAGAAGGUGGUGUUGAGCUGCUGCCUUGAACUGCUGCAGUCCAUGUGCUGUUUCAGUACCAGACGUGAAGAACAGACAUAUUUUGGCCAGAUGAGCAGGGUGGAUGGAAUUUCCGAUCUUCCCAGUGUCCCAGUAGGAGGACAACAGCCCCUCCUCGAAUAUGGGAGAGCUCCUCAACAGGCAUCUCUUGUUGACAAUGCCAUGUUACAAGACAACACCAGUGAAGUUGGAAUCUUGCAGGAUAGCUCUGUAAGUCACGAGAUGGUGGGUUCUCACCGCCUCCUGCAGAGCGGAGCAAUUAGCCAUCAAGGAAUGAUAACUGGCAGUGACCCAAUGACUCAGACCACCUUGAGAAAUGCAGAUGGACCAGACAGUCAUGCUGCUGUUACUGUGACACAGAGUUUACCCUGUGCAACCCAAGUACUGGGAAAAAGCAGGGUGCUUGACGGAGUUGAACAGCUUGAUGGAAAGAAGCAGAGCGAACAAGAAGACCUAGAAAAAUUGAGAGAAAAUGAAAAUCUUUUGAAGCUCGGAGAGAAUGAAGAAUUGCUGAAGCUCAGACAGCAUGAAGAAUUGAUGAAGAAACAAAAGAGUAAAAAAAUUCGUACUCCUUCCAAACUGAGGAGAAAUUUGGAUUUUGUUUUGCUUUUAGGUGAAAAGCCAUUUCAGUGCAGCCAAUGUAGCAUGCGAUUUAUCCAGAAGUACCUACUACAGAGACAUGAGAAGAUACACACUGGUGAGAAGCCAUUCCAUUGUGAUGAGUGUGACAUGAGGUUUAUUCAGAAGUACCACAUGGAACGACACAAACGGACACACAGUGGGGAGAAACCAUACCAGUGUGAAUACUGCCUACAGUAUUUUUCUAGAACUGAUCGUUUGCUUAAACACAGAAGAAUGUGCCACGAAAAUCAAGGGAAAGCUCCUGGCAAAAACCCAGCUAUGAAAACCGAGCCAAUUAUACUCGCAAUCAAUGCAGAAAACAGUUUCCUGUCACCUCAAAAAGACAUCAUUAAUCCAAGGAAAAAAGUCAAAACUGCAGAGAAGUCAGCAUUGGCAACCCUUGAUAAAGAGGAGACUGGUAACCCAGCAGAGGGUAAGAUGGAUAAGGGUGAAUGUGUAGAAUAUUACACCAGCAACUUGAAGGUGAAGGAUGAAUAUAAAGUGGAGCAGUGCUCACUUGUGGUCGCACAUUCUUCACAGAAUAAUGAUCACCUUGGGGAAGCAUAUCAGAAUCAAAUGAACCUGCUUCCAACAAAGCUUGUUCUGAAGAAGGUAAGCCCAAAGAAAAAUCAAAAGACAACGGAAGAAUUGGCUCAGACCUUGCCUGUUUCUGGCAAUUUUGAUGCCACAAAAGUCAACAAAUAUACCUAUGCUAUGGUAGACAACCCUGAUCUUCUGACAAUGGAGGGGCCUGGUGCUGACCAGGGCCAAGAUGCUUCACGCAAACCAGGAGGCAACAGCAACUAUGAUGAUGCAAUGCAGUUUGUAAAGAAGAAGCGAUUUUUGCAAGGGACUAGCAGCACCAGCAGAGAGUAUGCCUUAACUGUAGGCCAGAUCCCAAUCCAGCCAGCUGUAACACAGGCAGCCAACACACCUGUUGGGGACACCAGUGGUAGCACACCUAUGCUGGUGCAACCCAGUAACACUGAUCCGAAAAGCAGUCAGGACAAAAGUGGGAUUCCUGACGAAGUUUUGCAGACGCUGUUGGAUCACUACACCAACAAGGCAAAUGGGCAGGUUCCGUUUUCUGUCAGUGAUACCCAAGUCUCCUCAAAUAUAACCGUGAGCUCUACGGACAUUACUAAUGUGCCACCAUCUGAGCGAGUCGAGAGUUCCCAGCCAGCAGUCACCGACAACUGUAACAUGCUCCAUGAGUAUUCAAAGUUCCUCCAGCAAGCUUUGGAAAGGACUUGCCACAAUGAUAGCUACUCGGCCGAGCAAGGACUUGCAUAUGAGACUGAAACUCACCCCCUAACUGGAAGCCUUCCAGUGCAGCCUCUGUUUUCUACUCUAGAACGACAGGUUUUUGCAACCAUGGUCACCCAGCAUGGCUUCAGACCUGAAGUGGGUGCCCCUUUGAGGAUACCAUCACAAAAGACUCAGUACAGUUUAUUAACUGGUGAAUCCCAGCAUCCUUUUGCUUUCAUACCAACUGUAACAAGCAGCAACAGCAUCUCUGCACCUCCUGAUUUCAUAGAGCAGGUUAAUACACAGAAGAAGCGAGAGGAACCGCCAGCACACCACAAUCACCAAAUGGACACAUUUGGUCAAGACUCUAGGUUCUCGGCUGCUGGAGGAGAAAUGACUCCGUCGUUUAACAACAGUACUGGUGGACAGGUGAACUUAAGAAUCCGACAAGGCAGCUCAGACUUCUCGGAGUUUUCUUUGGUAAACGUGCCAGAGGCCAGGGAUCAAAUGAGUGCCUCAUCGGAUGUCACAGGGGGCCAAGCCUUUAGGUGAAAUGAUUUGGUCAUAAAACUUGGGAUCAGAAUACAUGCAUUACUGUUUUUGAAUUGCUCAACAAAGAAAAACUUAUCAAUUUUUUUUAAUUUUUAGAGAAAAAAAACUAUUAGUGAUUUUAUCAGGAAGGCAUUUUGAAGUCCAGUACCGCUGUGUAUUUCCCUUCACUGCUGAUGCAUGUUUGCAGGCUGACACAGAAAGGGGAUAUUGAUCUUGUCUGUGUAUGACUUUCUCCAAGCCCUCUGUAUUUCUGCUUUAUCAGAAACAUUUGUCUGCCAGUAAAGAGAGCUGAUAGAAAAUAA